AUGGUGUGGGAGUACUAUAAUGGAAAGACAGUGUUCAUCACUGGAGGCACAGGCUUCAUUGGCACAGUUCUUCUGUACCGACUACUGAGUCAGUCUUCACCAGAGCGAGUAUAUGUACUUUGUCGGGGUGGACAAAAAAAAGCGCAGGAGAAAUGGUCAAAUAUGCUACCAGAAGUGGCUGCAAGUGUUCUCACCCAAAACCCACGGGUGACGGUCUUUGAUGGGGAAGUGGGAGACACCGCGACGAUGAACCUAUCAGAAGAUACACUUCAGAUGCUCAAACAAACGGUGCACAUAGUCUUCCAUGCGUCAUCGUCAAUCCAGCUGAAUAAUUCUCUUCGCGAAUUGGCAUAUAGCGUCAUGGCACCGACCCUGUGCUUGACGAGAUAUGCCAUGAAGUUCCCCAAACUUGAGCGGUUCGUAUUUUUCUCCACCGCAUAUGCCAAUGCACACCUGUGGAAAGACCACGAGUCAACGGACGUACCAGUUGAUGAGAGGGUAUAUUCCCUCAGCAACGAGGAAGAUGGCUACCAAAAUGCCCCCGAAGCAUGGAGUGAAGUACAAAAGAACGGUUCAUCCGCCGAGUACGAUGCUCACGAUUUCCCCUGGCCAUACGCAUAUGCCAAGCACCUGGCCGAAAGGCUAGUUCUGCACAAAGCAUCUGAGCAAAACAAGCUGGACAAGAUACUCAUCAUCAGGCCCUCGGUGCUCGGCCCAGCCGACAAAUUCCCAUACCAUGGCUUUGCGACCGCGUACGGCGCGCCAUCAACAGCCUGUGCGGCGGCGUACAUGCUCCACCCAGGUCGGAAAAUCACUCUGGCAACGCGGUGUAAGAACCCCGAUCAAGAGUCCACUAUCGACGAGGUCCCGGUGGAUGUGGUAGCGGACCGAACAUUGGUCCAUGUGGCACUAGGGACGAGUGGAUGCGUCCAUGCAGUCAGUGGAGAGCAGGGCCGUUUAACAACUGAGGAAUGGUGGCACGCGUUCAAAAAGGAGAGAUUGAUACCCUGGAAUGCAAGGCCGACCUGGACCUCCGAUAACUGGCAUUCACCUAAUCUCCACCAAAUUGCUCGCAAAUUCAAGAUCAUCGGCACUUCAUUUGCCUUCUCUGAACAGAGGACUGUUGAGGUGUUGGAGAAGCUAGGGGCUUCAGAGAAGGAGAAUCUUCAUCUCUUUACUGACCGGUCUAAGCCUUACUCCUUGCAUUUGAGACGGCACCACAUUCAUCACCAGGCGGUUGAGGUGGCUAGGAAGAAUAAGUGGCCCCUCUUCUCUGCGAGACUGCUAUGUCGCAAAGGAAAGAAUGUGCCUCAGAUGGAGAAAACGGCAGUCGCAUGA